CCUCAGCUCCCCCCUACUGCUCGUUCGCCAGUUCCGGUCACGUUGCUGGGUGUUUACGCCUGGAGGCAGCCCGGGACCCCCCCUUCGGCGCCCCGGAGCCCCCGGAGCCCCGACCCCACCGCCCCGCAGCCUCGAAGCAGCUGAUGGCGCCGCAGCCCGGGCGGGCGCUGCGGAACCCGGGGCGCAGCUAGCGUGGGGAGAAGAGCUCCUCCCCGCCACCCAGCCCGCGGACCGGCUCCUCCGGCCUAUCGCUCCCUCAGGUCCUGAAGGUGAGUCCCAGGCCUGGGUUGCCAUGGAUACCAUGUCCCUAGAGCAUCAGAUCCAGAGCGUGCAACGCCACAUCAGUUUCCUGAAAAAGGAGCAGAUGGCCCUGCUGCGAGACCUGCACCUGGAGAUCCUGCGGCUGCAGAAACGCUGCUCAGAACUGACCCGUGACCUGGAGAUGAGAGAGGCCCAAUCUCACCAGCAAGAGGAGGCGUCCCGGGAGCUGGAGCGCCGGUGCCGCGCGCUGGAGGCGCAGUUGGCGGCGCGGGCGGCGGCCAACGCGGAGCUGCGGCGGGAGGUGGCGCAGCGGGAGGCGCUGGCGGCGGCGCUGCGCUGCGGGCUGCGCGCCGAGGAGCGCCGCUUCCUGGAGGAGCUGCGCCGCCGCAGCCACCGCGCCGCCGUGCUGGGCGCCGAGCUGCAGAGGCACAGCGAGGCGGCCGCGCACCUGUCCGGCCAGCUGCACGCGGCGCGCCAGAGACUGCAGGCCCCGCGCCCCGGGCCCGCCGCCGAGCCCCGGUCCCGCCGGCGCGCACAGCGGGCUCGCCGCCCGCCCGCCGAGGCCGCCGCCAAGGGCCCCGGCCGGGACUGGGCCGCCUGGGACCGCGCGGCCCGCGCCCUGGACGCCGCCGAGCCCAUGCCCGACCCCGCGCUCUUCCUCUGCGCGCGGAGGCCCCCGCGGCCCGGCGGCCGCAGCCCGCGCCCGCCGCCGCCGCUGGAGCCCCCGGACCGAGCCUGCCCGCCCGCCGCGCCCGCUGCGCCCGGGGCCCCGGAGUAGGCGCGGGGCUGGCGGGGCGGCGGGGAGGGAGGGAGCCCCCCCUUCCCGGCUGGAAACGCGGCCCGGCCUUGCAGACAGGUCCGGGGGGAGGAGGGGAAAGGCGAGGAAGCGGGUCCUAUUCCAGAGAUCCAUCUGAGGCAGCCCCGCUCCCCUUCCCUUCCCGCCGCCCCGCCUUUUGUAUUUCCCCACGUUUUCAAAGCUUCGAGCUCUCCCCUCCCGCCAAGGAGCCCCUCCGCGGGGCUCAGCGAGCGCGCCUUCUCUCUACGGGACUCGCAAUACUGCUCCCAUCUGGUCCCCACCCUGCCCCUGGGAGGGGAGGGGAGAGGGGAGGGGGUCACCCCAUCCCUGAAAGCUGACAAUCGUUUGGGCCCGGGGAAAGGCUGGGCUGGUCUAUGGAAAGGAACCCAGUGGCCCUUACCGCCCCUCUGCCUUCCAGCUCCACCCUCCCCAGCCCCGCACGUGCCCUUCCCUCCCAGCCUUCCCUCUAGGAGAGGCUGGAGUUGGGGGGC